GCUUCUCUGAACUUGCCACAGAAUGUUGCAUCUUCGCGCUGUUUAGUUUAAAUUGUACUGUCCAUGGCGUCGCAUUGAAAAAGACCGAGUUGAAAUACACGAGUGCUGUUUUGAAGUUUCGGUUUUGGAGUAUCUACAUAUCUGCGCUUUUGAGCAUGCAGUACAUCGAGAUAUACAUCACCACCAUUGCUGAUCUUUGUACAUGUCGCAAUUAUUGCAUUUCGUCAUAAAUCAUUUGGUUCUAAUUUACUUUGAAAGACCCACGCCCGCAUUGACAUUAACAUGGCCUGCUGUUUUAAUUACAAAUUUGUGCUCAAUCUAUGCAACUUUUUAUUUUUGAUCUGCGGCUUGCUGCUGGUUGUAUCAGGUCUAUAUAUCUUCUCCGACAACAAACGCAUUCUGCUCUCCAGACUUUUGGCAGCAUCCAGCGAUCGGUUGAGCUCACUGCCGCAGCCGCUGCUGUUUUAUAUAGCACUGGGUGUGGCGAUUGCGGGAUUUGUGGCUACUCUGGCUGCCGUUGUGGGUUUCUGGGCCAGUUGCCUUCACACCUAUUGCUUUCUGACCAUAUACUUCCUGAGCGUUGUGGUGCUGCUCCUGACCGAAUCGGUUUUGUGCCUGGCCAUCACAUUGUGGCCACAUUGCCUGGGAAUCAGCCUGGACGAGACUCAGAUGGUGCGCUCCUUGCAGAGCAACUAUGGCGUUCCCGGGCAGGAGCAGUUUACCAAUGCCCUGGACUUGGCACAGCUCCGGUUUGGCUGCUGCGGGAUGAGAAGUUCCUUGGACUACGACACAUCGCUGUGGAGAUUGCAGGGCUAUGGACAAAGGAACUGGCCGGUGCCGCUCAGUUGCUGUGUCCUGGAAAAUGCGGAUCAGGCCAUGGCAUAUCUGGACCCCAAGCCGGCCAAUGAAUCGAUGUGUCAGUCUCUGGAACGCUUGUCCUACGAAAGGGAGCGACACACGGAGUCCUGUCUGCCCCAUCUGGACAAUUGGUAUCGCGAACAGUACGGCAUCUUUCUUGGCGCCAGUCUCAUAUUGGCCAUGAUAGAGUUUUGCGUUCUACUCGCUAUCAUCAUGAGCUGCACCGGACUUGCCUCGCAACGGGCCAGGCUCAAGAAACCUGCUCAGGAAGUGCGUACUCAACGAGUAAAGUCGCGACAAACCCUAAUCGAGAACUUAUACGAACCGGAUGUGGAGCUGAGGGAAAAUUCCAGUCACAGUGCAGACGGAAUGUAUCUGGGACCUGCUAGCCGGCAUGUCAGCAGUGAGGAUUUCAAGGAGUUGUAUAUCAAGCCGAGAGACUUGUACAAGCAACAUAAUUUAAGACCGAGCCCAGCCAGCCGUCCAGCACAAAUGCGGAAUUAUUUGGUCUAAAACCUUUGGUAUAACACUUGCUCAAAUACAAUAUCCUAAAUGAUAGACUUACGGGCACGUAUGGCUUAAACUAAUACUAAGUUUAGGCCAAGACAAAAAGUAUUUACCUUAGAAGUAUAAAUAAUGUAAUCACAACAGUAUGUAUUCGCUCAGUAAUAUAGUUAUAAUUAAGUAAUAAUAUUUACGUGAAAAUGGUGAUUAUUGUAUUUAACAU